AUGGCAAAAUUCGCAUCUAUCGAUCUCUCGCAACCAUGCGAAGAAUUGACUGAUCGAUUCGACUUUCUCGGUCUUCCCGCCGAACUGCGUGUUGAGAUAUAUCGCUACACUCUCAAAUGCAAGUUCUCCAUCAAGAACAACCACGAUGAGCUGGUCAUGGACGAAGAGGACAAAGUAAACAUCCAUCUUCUACGCACCUGCAAGCAGAUCUAUCAAGAAGGUUGCGAUAUCUUCUAUGGAGAGAAUCGUUUCUGGUUCUUUAGACAACAUGGUCUCCUCGAGAUACCGGUUGCGCUUCCUAGACACAAGCUGGACUGGCUAAAGGAAGUCACAGUGAGCGUCCCUUUCUCGUACAACCCCAUUUGGAUUCAUCAUAACGCCUUCGGCACCCAGGACUCGAGUGCUCUACCAUUUGAGGAUUGUCUUGUGAGUUCGAGCUGCACCCGAGUUGACCUUCUCCCGAACAUGUGGGUUCGAACCGCUCUAGACGCGCUCGCCAGUGCAGCUCAACUUCGACGGCUUCAUCUAGUCAUCUUACCUGCUUAUACUACGCGGACACCUGACAAGAACACAUACGCAUUGUUGAACCAAAACAGGAUGUGCUGCGAAUUUGGAGACCACACGCUGUUCAGAAUGGUGAAUUCCGAUGUCUGGCAUGAUCUAGCAAUCUUCUUGCGAAGCAAGCCCGCACUUGAAGUCUCGUGCACGCGGCUGUACUAUGCAGAUCCCUUAAUCUAUAAGCCUGACCGUUUUGAGGAGCAGCAGGCGUUGCUGUGUAAGCUGCAAAACCGCUUGGGAAUUUGGGAUCUGCGGGAGGCUGCGGUUGUGGACGGAAAUUGGGAACUUCCUAAGAAGACGGCUCAAUAUCUUGAUCUGAGCGAUUUCUACCAAGCCUUCCAUCUGAUGUUUGGGGAGUAG